AUGGCUAUCGGAGUCGCAAUCAUUGGCAGUGGUAUCUUUGCCAAAGGAGAGCAUCUCCCUGCCAUCCAGGCAACCCCAACACUCAGCUUGAAAGCCGUAUAUUCCCGAUCUUUCAAGUCCGCACGAGCCUUGACCGAGGACCUCUCCGACGGCGCAAUUUACAGCGAUGAUUCGCCCAAUGGCAAGAGAUACGAGGAUCUGCUGAGGCGCGACGAUAUUACAGGAGUGGUGAUUGCUCUGCCCAUCCUCACGCAGCCCGAGUUCAUCAAGAAAGCUCUGGCGGCAGGGAAACACGUUUUAGCGGAGAAGCCCAUCGCCAAAGACGUCGCCACCGCACAAGCCCUCCUCUCCUGGACCCAGGACGCUUCGGAAACAACAGCCAUGUAUGCUGUUGCCGAAAACUUCCGUUACCUGGAUUCCUUCCUCUACGCAGCCCGGGAAAUCGCGUCUCUGGGCCGCGUUCUGACUUUCCGCGUGCGUGUCGCAGCCUAUGUGGAGGCGGGUGGAAAGUACUUUGAGACGGCGUGGCGUAAGGUGCCGGAGUACCAGGGCGGAUUCCUGCUGGAUGGUGGUGUGCAUUUUAUUGCGGCGAUGCGAGUGAUGCUUCAGGGUGGUGGUGAAAAGAUUCACGGCGUCAGCGCGUUCACGGCCCAAUUGCAGAAACACUUGCCGCCGGUGGAUACGUUGAACUCGACGCUGAAGCUGGGAAGCGGAGCGUCUGGGACCCUGUCCGUAUCUUUCGGGACCACGGAUAAGGGUUCGGAGUACAUGGUUGCGUGUGAGAAGGGGAGUGUGCAUGUCAGUCGGGGCAAGGUGACGGUUGUAAAGGAGGGCAAGGAAGUAGUCAAGGAGUUUGGUGAUGAGGGGAAUGGUGUACGACAGGAGAUCAAAGCCUGGUCGGAGAGUUUGGAGAAGGGACAGAGGAAUGAGGCGCAGAGUCCAGAGGAGGCACUAAGUGACCUCAAGAUCUUAGAGGCAUGUCUACGGAGUGGAGAGCAGGACGGAAACCCAAUGAGAAUCGAUUGGUGA